CACUGUCCCAGUUGAAGCCAGUCAGUUGCCAGUUACAACAGUGCCAAGUCCAAAACUGAUGGGUAAAUAAUCUCUCAUCCUAUUGGAAGUGACCCUGACAUCUUCCACCAUGCCCACCAAAUCCAGGAAAUCAAGGUCCCACAGUUCUAGGCCCGCCAAGAAGACUGGGAGUCCAAAAACACCCAAAAAGAGGUCCUCUAGUGCCAAAUCCACCAAGACAGAGGUGGACAUCCUCAGCCCAGCAGCCAUGGAGAAUGUCUACUACAUUUCUCACAAUGCAGUGGAUUGUCUGGAGUUCAGAGGCUUUGGGUGGCCAAAUUCAAAUAAAAAGAAGAAAAAGAAGGGAACAAAACGGAAGAAGAAAAAGUAAAUUAUAAUUUUUGCCAAACAAAUGUAAAUUUCCCCUCCCUUUGGUUAAAAUGUGUUUAAGUUUUAAAUACCUUGCUGAUGGCCCCAUCUGGUGGACACAUUUGUAGUAAUACAGCGAGUAUACCAAGUUUUGACUGUUGUGGAACCAGUGCAAUGCAGAUGUUUUGUUUUUCUUCCACAAAUUCAUACAGCAGUGCAAAAU